GUAACCCUCGCAAAGGUCACAUGGAAGGGUAUUAAGCAGCUUAUUAGCUCUAAGCGUAGUAAAUUGUCCUUCCCAAAUAGAUUAACAGUAGAUGGUAACACCUUAACCGAUGCCAAAGGUAUAGCUCAUGCCUUCAACAAAUAUUUUGCCUCAGUUGGGCCAAUGUUGGCCAAUGGUAUUCAACAUGGUAAUAGAACCUUUGUGGAAUAUUUAACAAAUUCACAAUGCAAAAGUUUUUAUUCAUCACUAGUAUCAGCGACAAAAGUUGAGAAUGUUAUUUCUAGCUUAAAUACAAGUAAAUCACUGGGGCCCCAUAGCAUUUUAGUGAAAAUUCUUUAA